AUGGUAUCAGAGCUUCACCGUAGCAAUGCCGCCGUCGUCGUCAUAGAUCCCGGAGUGGGUGAAGGAACGUCAACAGAAGACGCCACAGUUCCUCCUUCGGUUAGCAAAACCGCUGCAAAUCGCAGCCAUCUAUAUCGAACAGAGGACUUCGAUAAUCCUCUGUACCUCCACAUCACGGAGAAUCCCAAUCAGACGCUAGUAUCUCCUCCUCUUUCCAAAAGCAACUAUGCAUCUUGGAGCCGAUCUAUGAAGAUGGCCUUAGGUGUGAAGAACAAGUUCAGAUUCGUGGAUGGAACCAUUGCGUGUCCAGGCGAAGCUGAUCCGAGGAAGUAUACCCUGGAAAUUUUGAAAAACAAUGGUUUCUUGGAGGCUAAACCUACUAAAACUCCUGCAGUUACAAGACAAAAGUUGAAUAGCCAAGAAGGAGUCCCACUUACUGAUCCAGAGGUGUACAGAAAGUUGGUUGGCAAGCUCCUAUAUCUAACCAACACAAGACCAGAUAUCUCACAUUCAGUUCAGCAUUUGAGUCAAUUUGUUGACAAACCUACAAAUAUUCACUUGACAGCUGCUCAUAGGGUCCUUAGGUACCUAAAAGGAUCUCCAGGAAAGGGCCUAUUCUAUCCUUCCAACACUAAUCUCAAGCUACAAGGCUUUUCUGAUUCAGACUGGGCUACUCGUUCAGAAAUCAAAAAAUCUAUAACUGGCUACUGUGUCUACAUUGGGAAAGUUUUAAUCUCUUGGAGAACUAAGAAGCAAGCAACUGUUUCAAGAUCCUCAUCUGAGGCUGAAUACAGAGCAUUGGCUUCUACUGUGUCUGAAAUACAAUGGUUGCACUAUCUACUGACAGAUUUGGAUGUGUUGGAGGUUGAUGCAGUCACAAGGGAAGUCAAUGGCUUUCCUGUCUUUACUCUUCAAGUGGCAUUCUUGUCUUUACACCAUAAAAUCUGUUAUAACCGUUUUUCGAAAGCUUUCAUCCUUUUUAUUCUUUUAGCUGCUGUAAUGAGGGUUUGA